AAAACCAACAUUUAGUUAGAUAAAUCAAAAACGAACGUCGUGCCAACUACUGCUUUGUUUCGUCAUUAUUGUUCCACUCACGAUAACUCGAUUCCAAUAAAAAAGUAGAAUAUACCAUAAGCAGUGAUGGUACAGUGAUAUUGCAUAUAAUUGUAUAGAUUGAUGACAUGAUAAUUAUUGUUUUUAUCAGUCAAUAUUUACUGUGUAUAGAAACAAGUGAAAAUAUGUUUCAGUCUUUCAAGGUGGAUUUACCGAAUUAUCAAACACAAAUCAAUUUUCACAACAAUCUAAAUGAAACAAAGGAUUCACAAUCGAAUAUGAAGCCGGUAAAAAUGAUAUCAUCACACGAUACAGAUCUACUUAACCUCAAUGAAAAAUACAAAUUACAUAAAAACAAAUCGGUAAAAACUUAUGAAGGCUACCAUCAUUCAUCAUUAGCAUUAACAUCAACAAAAACACCAUCGAGCAAAGCGUCAAUAACAUUCAAUUUUAUAACAAUUAAAAUAUCCGAUUGUUAUCUAUAUAAUCCAUCUAUGCACUUGUAUGAGAAAUUCCGCUUACAAUUUACAUUUCGUACAUCACAAGAACACGGUUUGAUAUUAUUUAAUUCAGAUAAACAAGGUGUUGAUUUUUUGGCAUUCGAAUUAAUCAAAGGUUAUUUACAUUUUGUCUUCGAUAUGGGGAGUGGAUCUCAACGGUAUGCACUGACUUCACACAGUGUUACUGACUCCAAUUGGCACCAUGUGGAAUUGUUUAGAAAAGAUCUUGAAAAUAACAUACUUCAACUCUACAUCGAUAGAAAUGAAAGUAUUGAACAGUCUCUGAAGAUACCUGUUUUCAAUGGUGACAUUGCAAGAAAUUUCAAUCUAGAUGAUCCACUUUAUAUAGGAGGUAUUUCUCAACUUGUAUUCUUGAAAUGGAGAGAAAAACUUAGCUCAUACCAUGGAUUUCAGGGAUGUCUAGGAAAUUUCUCUAUAAAUGGACUACCUUCAUUAAAUUUACUAAAUAUGGCUAAGUUAAAAUAUGCAAAAAAUUGGACUUUACCUGUUUGCCAAGAUCAAAUUGUCGAUGAUUGUCACUAUCGACCGAAAGGAGCAUUGCAAUGUAAUCAAGUUCAACGUGUUCAAAAUCAUUCAACUAUCAAAAGAGUAAAUAACGAUAUUAAUGAUGAUGAAAAUAAUAAACUACUUCAACCAUAUUGUUUAAAUGAUGGCAUUUGUUUACAUACAUGGUUAGGUGUUAAAUGUGCCUGUGAAUUGACUACAUUUGAUGGGCAUCGAUGUAUGAAAGCUGGUACAACAAUAGCAUACGGCAUUGAUUAUAAUUCAACUGUUAGUCAUCACUUAUCAAAUGACAUUGAUCAAACCAGCAAUUACAGUGUAAAUGUUGGUUAUUUACGUUUAGUUUACACAGAUCGUGGAAGAAAUACAAAACAAGAUGAAUUUGUACUUGGCGUUCAGACAUCUUUAGCAUAUUUCACUCAAAACAAACAACAGCAACGGCACAUUUCACAAGUCAAUGAUAAUUAUAUUUCAACUUUAUUAUUUGUGACAAGUUUAACGCGAAUUGGUGAUUUUAUACAUUUAUUUUUGGAAUCAGGUGUAGUACGCCUUAAUUAUAACAUGGGUGGAGGUGUGGUUCAUAUCAGUGGACCUAAUUUCCCAAUCAAUGAUGGAUUUUAUCAUCGAAUUCGAGGUUACCGAGUGGAUCAUCAAAUAGUUCUUGAAGUAGAUGACACAAGGCUCACAUAUGAACUAAAUAGUGUAUAUGGGAAACAAUUUAACAAUCAGAAAGUUAUUUGGCUAGGACAUGCACCACAACUGAAUAGGACUGAUUUUUUUCGUGGUUACAUGACUGGUGUUUACUAUAAUGGAAUACUACUAAAUGAUAUAGUUGCAGGUUAUUCCUACCUAAUGUACAUACAUGUUAGACAAUUUGGAAAUGUGAAGCAUACACCGAAAUUUCAACCAAAUUUACUCAAAUCAAAAUAUAAAGAUAGUCUAAACUAUGUGAAUCGUGAUGAACCGACCAAUGAAGUGACAACAAAAGGAAUCCGACCCAAUUCAGUUUUAUUUUUUCACAAUUCCAAUUUUCCCUCAUCUUCAUUAUCAUUGAACUAUGAGUAUUUUAAUAAAAGUAUAUCAAAUGAAUCUGUACAGUUGGAUAUAAUGCAUUCACAAAUCAACCAUCGACAAUACAAAAAAUGGAAUGUAUAUAAAACAAUCAGUAGUUUACAUGAACAAGUAAAUAUCUGGUUGCUAAUUAGCCUAACUAGCGCUGGAUUAGUAAUGAUAAUCUCACUAACAUUUAUAGCCUACAAAUGUCAUCGUGAUAAGUAUUUAAAUUCACAUUGUUCUAAAUUACGCGAACUCAAGCGAACUAGUCAUCAACAUCAAUUUUCACAUACAUCAGUCACUUAUAGAGCUCCUUCAGUUGGCUCUUUAUUAAGCAUGGAUGACGUACAAUACACUAGGAUAUUCAAACGAUUCAAACAACAUGAAGAACGAUUAUCUUCUGUUUCAGAUAAUCAGUCACAUUCAUUUUGUCCUGGAGCAUCAAUAACCGGAAAUAAAAUCAAUUAUCCUAGCAAUCCAGUGACACCUAUUAUCUUGGUCUGUAAUGCAAUAGAUCUACCGAGAAAAUCAACAAAAGAAGUUUUGAUAAAAAAAUCACCUAAAUUAGAUUUGAUGCAUUUCAAUGUUAACAAGCUUCCAAUGAAAACUUUUGAGCAAUAUGAUAUACCAGACAAUUGUUUAAAAGACAACGAAUUUAAAGUUGUCUUGAGUGUUUCUAACAAUGACAACUCAAAAACACAAUUAAUACAUGACUUUUGUGAUAGAUUAACUAGUGAACAAAUCAGUACCGGUUCUUCCAUAGAAUCAUCACAAAUUAUUUAGUUUUCUAAUGUCAAAUUAAUGUAAGUUUGUGAACUUUUGGAUGGAGUUGACAGUGAUGCAAACUAACAAUAACAAAUGCCUACAAAUCUGCGAUCGCCAUUAUAAAUAAAGUAUCGCUAGUGUUUAGGGAUAUUAUAUUAAUCUUGCAUAAAUCAUGUACUACUUAGCCAACGAACAAGCAUUCCAAAUUCUGUACGCCAAUCAUUGAUGAACAAUAAC